AUGGACAAGGAGACGGUGAAAGACAUUCAAAGAUCGAUCGCGAUGAAGCUUAACAGAGUGGAGUAUACCGAGGUUUCUUUGGUUGAUGGGUAUGAAGAAACAGAAGACUGCUACAAAAGAUUUAGAGACGGUCUCAAGAAGGUUUCCGACAGUAUAACGUGGCUGAUGACCUACGAGCACGGGGGGAGUAAGAUGAAGUCUUUUUAUUCUAAGAUGAAUAUGAUAACUUCAACAUCAAGGAUUGGGCAGUUUAAGAACUAUGACAUUUACGAAGCCAACGGGAUUGUUGGGUUAGAGCUCUCAAGAAUAGGACUAGCCUCGAAUGUCAGUGAUGCAGCAAAAAAGUAUUCUAAGGCAUAUAUGAACGUUUCACGAUACAAGCUCGAGAUGAACAAGAAACUUGAGCAACAGAUAAAGAAAAUAUCGAAUUUAAGGGACCAUUCCAAUGCAAUUGAUAAGAAGAGGAAGAAAGUCUCGAACAUGAGGUACGAUCUGGAGAUCGAAAAGAAAUCCAAAGAACAAAAGACUCCCAAUUCUGUAUCCAAGGAAAAUGAGAUGGAAAAGACAUUCAAAGAGAUGUCUAAAGAGACUCUUAAAGAGAUGGAGCAAUUUAUUGGAAACGAUGGAGUGUGCGGAGUGCUUCAGAAUGUGGCAGAAGCACACCAAGAGUUCUUGGAGAAGAGCUCCAAGGCACUGGGAGAAGUCAAAUAA